CGAAGGGUGGUGGCGACGUGGGAGUUGAUGAGGCUGCAGAUGACGGUUUCCGAGCUCACUGACACCAGAGUCAGACGAUCCCUGCUCAGAGUAGCUGCUGGCAAGCUUGGAAGACGCAUAGAGUCAAUGGUUCUGCCGCUUGAGCUAAUACAACAAUUAAAGUAUUCAGAUUUUGGUAGUCAACAAGAUUAUGAGGCUUGGAUAAGGAGAAAUUUGAAGGUUCUUGAAGCAGGACUUCUCUUGCAUCCUCGCUUGCCAUUAGAUAAGGAAGACACUUCUGCACAGCGCCUGAAGCAUAUAAUCCAUGCAAGCCUUGAGAAACCCAUGGACAUUGUGAAGGAUAGUGAGUCAAUGCAAGCACUCCGGAAUGUUGUUAUGUCUCUUGCUUGCAGAUCUUCUGACGGGUCUGUUUCUGAUACAUGCCACUGGGCUGAUGGAUUUCCACUUAACCUGAAGAUCUAUCAAACUCUCUUGGAAGCAUGUUUUGAUAAUCAUGAAGAAACCUCUGUUAUAGAAGAGGUUGAUGAGGUCUUAGAGCUCAUUAAGAAGACCUGGGCUAUCCUUGGAAUGAAUGAGAUGCUACAUAAUAUUUGUUUUUGCUGGGUCUUAUUUCAUCGGUAUGUUGCCACUGGUCAAGUACAAAAUGAUCUUCUGUUUGCAUCAAGUAAUCUAUUGGCAGAACUUGAGAAAGAUGCUAAGGCCAUGAAAGAUCCAUUUUACUCAAAAUUCUUGAGCUCCACAUUGAAUUCGAUAUUAAGUUGGGCAGAGACAAGGCUCCUUGCCUACCAUGAUACUUUCCAUGAUGGUAAUAUUGAAUCAAUGCAAAGUGUUGUUUCUGUUGCUAUGUCUUCAGCAAAUAUAUUGGUUGAAGAUAUCUCUGCUCAGUAUAAUAGGAUGAGGAAAGAAACUGAUGUAUCCUGCACCAGAGUUGAAAAUUAUAUUAGAUCAUCGUUGCAUGCUGUUUUCGCUCAGGCAAGUUCCACCAUUCAAAACCCCAGAAAGCAUGUAUCUAUACAACAGAAUAAAGGCUUUCUCAAUCUUUCCGUCCUUGCCCGAGACAUCAGCAAACUAGCUUUUAAUGAGAAGGCGAUAUUUAGUCCCAUACUGAAGAGGUGGCAUCCAAUUGCAGCUGGUGUUGCUGCUGCUACCCUUCAUGUGUGUUAUGGGAAUGAGUUGAAGCAAUAUGUCAGUAGUGUUACCAAUUUGACACCUGAUGCUGUAGAAGUGCUGUUGGCUGCUGACAAGUUAGAGAAAGAUCUGGUACAGAUAGCAGUGGAGGAUUCAGUUGACAGUGAAGAUGGUGGGAAAUCCAUUAUAAGGGAGAUGCACCCUUAUGAGGCUGAAGCUGUAAUUGCCAAUCUGGUCAAGUCAUGGAUUAAAACCAGAGUGGAUAGACUGGAGGAAUGGGUUGACACAAAUCUACAACAAGAGGUAUGGAAUCCACAUGCAAAUAGAGAUUGCUUUGCUCCUUCUGCUGUUGAAGCUCUACGAAUCAUAGAUGACUCCCUGGAAGCGUUCUUUCUGUUGCCUAUACCCAUGCAUGCAGUUUUUCUUCCUGAAUUGAUGUCUGGUCUUGACAAAUCUCUCCAACAAUACAUUUUGAAGGCCAAAUCCGGCUGUGGGAAUCGUAAUACUUUCAUCCCAGUUAUGCCUGCUUUGACUCGUUGUUCGACAAGAUCAAAAUUUAAGGAUGUAUUUAGGAAAAAGGACAAGUCACAAGUGACUCAGAGGAGGAAAUCCCAGAUUGGAACUACAUAUGUAGAUAGCUCAUUGGGGUUACCCCAGCUUUGUGUUCGCAUCAAUACCAUGCAGCGCAUUGGCAUGGAACUGAAGGUUUUGGAAAAGAGGACAAUUACCCGUCUUGAAAGUUCUGAAUCCACUAGAGAGUAUGAUACAGAGGCGGGGUUUAAGUUCAAGCUAUCUGCAGCUGCUUCUGUAGAAGGUAUCUAUCAACUCUCUGAGGCUAUUGCUUACAAGGUGAUUUUCCAUGAUCUAUGUCAUGUUCUUUGGGAUGGCCUGUAUGUUGGUGAAGUUUCAUCGACUAGGAUUGAGCCUUUUCUUGAGGAGCUUGAGCAGUGCUUGGAGAUUAUAUCGUCAACAGUGCAAGAAGGAGCCAGAACGCGUGUUAUUACUGAGUUAAUGGAGGCUUCUUUUGAUGGGUUCCUUUUGGUUUUGUUAGCUGGAGGUCCAGCACGCGCUUUCUCUCUUGAAGAUUCUGCUAUAAUAGAGGAAGACUUGAAGCUUCUCACUGAUUUGUUCUGGUCCAAUGGAGAUGGUUUACCUGCUGAAUUGAUAGAAAAGCUUGCUACCACUGUUAAAGGUGUGCUUCCCCUGUUUCGCAUGGAUACUGAGCACUUGAUUCAGCAAUUCAGCAAGGUUACUCUGGAAAUGUAUGCUUCUUUAGACAAAUCCCAGUUGCCAUUGCCUCCAACAUCUGGUCAAUGGAGUCCAAGAGAACCGAACACUCUUCUCCGAGUUUUGUGUUGUCGGAAUGAUGACAAAGCUGCUAAGUUCCUUAAAAAGAACUUCUACUUGCCUAAGAAAGUCUAA